AUGCUGAGCCGUUGGAAAAGUAAAGAUAAGUCCGAUAAAAGCGGCAAAACUUCAAGUUCCGGCGGGAAGAAGAAACGAAAGGGGAGAGAAAAUGAAGAAGAUUGGCACGGUGAUGGCAGUCGAAUGGAUGGCGGUUUAUCUGACGGGGAGUCAGGUCGGGUGCAGAGGUCCCGUAUAUCCCGCCGGGAAGACCCUCGCCGCCAUACGCUUGCUGGUAAUCAUCUUUACCUGCAACCGCAUGUUGCCAACACUUUGGAACUUGAGCGUUAUGAUCCCGGGGAAACAGCAACAAAUAUGCCCGAGUACGCCACUGUCACCAAGUAUCGCGACUCGAGACAGAAAAUUUUAGAACCGCGAAUGAGAAAGCCACCACUUCCACGUUACCAAUCGAGCAGCAAUGCUCACCUCUUCGAAGAUGACCCUGGUGUAAUGUCUGAGGUUGAAACCGCUUCCACUGGAUUUCGACGUGGCGGGAAACAAAGAUCUUCAUUACCCGUUGUUAGAACACCCAGCAAGACUUUGGAACGGCCUUUGGGACUAGUCUUCUUGCAGUACCGUAACGAAACUAAGCGCGCUCUUCUGCCGAAUGAGAUCACAUCGAUUGAUACCGUUAAGGCAUUGUUCGUUAGGAGCUUCCCCAAGCAGCUUACAAUGACUUAUAUGGAGUCUCCUUCAGUGAAGAUUUACAUCCAUGAUUGCUCAAAGGAUAUGUUUUAUGAGCUUGAAGAUUGUCGCAGCCACCUUCAUGACAUUGGUGAUCGUUCUAUCCUCCGCCUGUUUGAAUCCAACGAUAUUGGCGGGGGAUCUUUUCCUGGAGCUGUUGGCGUGGGCUCUAUGCCCCUACCACCUGGUACUGGUGCUUGCCCUCCGUCUGCAGCCUGGGAGGAGCAGAGUUACUUCAGUGAACCAGAAAUUGAUGCUGAAUAUCACCAUCAUCACGUUCACAAAUCAAAGGUAAGAGGCAUUUAUUAUCAGUUUUUAAAAUAG